CUGCGCAGGCGCAUUGCCCGGUGCCGGUAGGAGUGCCCUGAGGUUGUUGUUAUGGUAGGCCGCCCUGUGUCGGAGCUAUCCAUCAACUAUCAGAAAAUUAAUCUUAUUCUGCAUUGAAGAUGUUACAUUAUGAUUUGAGCGGUGAGCUAAACAAUGGCGGAGCAAUGCAUUGAUCCUACAAGGCUGCAGCAUGUAACCAAGAUAUGAACAGUAUGUCAUGCUUAGAAUACAUUGCAUUUACAUUUUGUGAAGGAACUCAUGACUGAUCGAUCUUGCAGAUGCUCAAGUACUGAAAUUGGAAAUGAUUUCCAAACCCUUUGCUUCCUUUUGUUCCCGUUCAGUGGUGUAUACAAUAGUGCUGGGUGCACUGUACAUCAUACUUGGCUGCAGUCGGAUUCUUCUAAUGAAGCUUUCUGCUAAUGAAGAGAAUAAAUACGACUAUCUACCGGCCACAGUGAAUGCAUGUGCAGAGACUGUAAAACUGAUUUUUUGUAGCAUUCUAGCAAUACGGGUUUUGAUACAAGAGGGACAGAAGUGCAAGGGUUUGGAAUAUUCUUCCUGUUGGAGUUGUCUUCAAUUUAUGAAAUGGUCUGUUCCUGCGUUUCUCUACUUUGUGGAUAAUUUAAUUGCCUUCUAUGUUCUGGUCUACCUCCAGCCAGCGAUGGCUGUCUUGUUGUCAAAUUUUGUUAUCAUCACAACAGCUCUUCUGUUCAGGAUUGUUCUAAAGCGGCGCCUGUCUUCAGUGCAGUGGGCAUCACUCGUGAUUUUAUUCCUUUCCAUCGUAGCUCUCGUAGCAGGGACUGGAGUAACCCAAAAUGUGACAAAGGACACAUUCAAUCACAGCAUACACUUCAAUGCUUCAAAUAGCUGCAUUCCAUUUGUUAUAUCGCCGGAUAAAAAUAUACAGCACCAGUUGGAGAUCAAUUCCACAACGAUUUCAUUACCGGCUUCGAAAUGGAACAUCAGUUCACUAAAAAGUUUUAACCUUGGAUUUGGCCAUCUCUUUAUAAUUAUUCAGUGUUUUAUCUCUUCCAUGGCUAACAUUUAUAAUGAGAAAAUGUUGAAAGAAGGCAAUCAGCUGACUGAAAGUAUUUUUAUCCAGAAUAGUAAACUGUACAUUUUUGGAGUUAUAUUUAAUAGCUUGCUAUUGCUACUUCAAUCUAAAUCCCGUGCCCACAUCCAAAACUGUGGCUUCUUCUAUGGACACAAUAUGUUUUCUGUGGCUUUAAUUUUUAUUACUGCUGCCUUUGGAUUAUCUGUGGCUUUUAUUUUGAAAUUCAAAGACAAUAUGUUUCAUGUCCUCACUGCCCAAAUAAUAACAGUUGUUAUUACUGCAGUAUCCAUCUUUACAUUUGAUUUUACACCUUCCUUGAGCUUCUUCUUAGAAGUACCAGUGGUAUUCCUGACAAUAUUUAUAUACAAUGCCAGCAGGAUCAAUGACCCUGCAUACAUGCUGCAACAAGAGAGACUCAAGGUUAUAAAUGGUGAACUUCUAGAACGUUCCAGCGGGGAUGGCGAGGAGUUGGAGAGAUUGACCAAACCAAACACUGAUUCAGAAACAGAGGAUGAUUCCUUCUAGAAAUUGUUUUCAGUUUACAUUUACAAAUGAUUUUUUUUAAUGAAUGUGACUUAAUACUUAAUUUGCAUUGACUUGAAAGUGUGAGCCAGCCCAUUCCUCCAUGACCAUUAUCAGCAUUGUGCAAUCCCAGCCUUUUGAGUAACAAUCUCAGAAUGACUGAUACGGCUUUUAAAUUAACUCCUAAAAAUCUUAUGAUGAAAUUGCACAAACUCAGAUUUUGUAAUUGAUACCAAAGGAACACUGCUCAGCAUUCAUUAAUCUUACAGCUGCCUCAGUCUUUUUGUGGUCCUUUGAAUAGCAACUUAUGGUUACUAGAGACUCAUUAGAGAGGGAUCCUCUAUAAAGGAUCUGAGACCUGCAACGAGCAGGAUAAGCAACACUAAGCUUGAACCAGUCAGUAUUUUCAUAUAAACUUAAUCAACGUAAGAUUAUCUACUAAAAGCUGAAAAAGCUGGGUUUGAGACUUAUUAUAUGGAAAUAUGAAAUAAAGGGAAGUAUUAAUUUUUUUAAGUCAUCGCUGAUUAAAUUCAGAGUUUGUUUGGUAUUAAAUUUACCACAUUGUUUAAAAUGUCAUUUACACUGGAAUGUGAAAGGCUGAACCUUUUCUGGUGUGCUUACUUGGUAACUAGUAGUAGGUACUGUAACUUUACACCCUCUGUAUAUUUUACUGUUAAUUGAGGAGCUCAACAUCUCUGACAGCAACCUCCAGGUUUCUGUGUUUUACGGUUCAUGCGCUCAUAAUCUCCCUGUUAUUCCUGAAACAAAAUCUGAACCAUUAUAUGUUCUGUAUUUAGCCUGUAGCUCUUAUUCUAUUAUAUUUAAGCAAUAGCAUUUCUUAUUAUAGUAACAAUCACUUGAAAGUUUCCUAAGAUGGAAACAAAAUAAUGAAAAUUACUGAACAAGUACCUUGUCUGGUUCUGUGAUGUAACAUUGAAAUUACUGUAUUGGUUGUGUAGUAGUACUCCAGAAUGGUUUAAUGCACAUUUUAGGGGAUUCUUCUCUUGAUUGGUCUUGUUUCUAUAGUUUUAGAACAUUUCCAAAUGAGGGGUAAUAAAUUGGGAGAUACAAUCCCUGCGUUAAUUAAAAAUAAUGUAGUGUUUGUUAAUGGAAUGUGCCACUGUGGUGACUAGUUCUGGAAUGUUUUAUGUUAAAUGUUAACUCUGGAUUAAAUUGUAAAUGAAAAAUAAAAUUUAAAAUACUUGAUUCAAUAAGCACAUAUAAACUGGAUUGAAAGAUUAGCUGAAUUACAAUUAAAUGAAUUUCAUGUAGAAAAGUAUCUUAUUAGAAAUAUUUUUAGUUAAUGUACUUGAGACUAUAAAUGCAGAGAAUCCACAUUAUGGUGCUUAUGUGUACAUAGAACUUUAAAAUGGGUGUCAACCUUUUGUAUUAUGUAAAAAUUACUGACAGUACAUAGCAAAUAAAAAACUUUCUAAAUUUUGGACAGAAAAAAUAUAAAAGCAAAUAACUGGAUGCUGAAAUAAAAACAAUGGAAAUAUUCAGUAUGAUUGGUAGGAUCUUUGGAAUGAUAUCUGAAAUAUUUCUCAUUAUUUCAUUAGGAACUGUAAGCUUUGUAUACAACGGGAACAAACUAACAGAAAACGGUCUGCAAAGUGUAAUGUUAACUGGUGAAAGAAAUUGAAAUGUAGACUAUCAAUUACUGUGAAUUUUGUUUCUGAAAUGAUUUUAGCAGUUAUUUUACCUUUUCAGAAAUAUUAAAUACGCAUGAAUCAAUAAGCUUUCUAACAGAACAAUGUUUCUUAAAUGACUU